AUGCUCAAGGUGAGACUUGUUGCCCGUCAAUAUCCGGACCAAAAACGCAAGAACCUCGGUGCGGACAGCUGGUCGCGCAGGAGCUCCGCUGGCCCCCUCUCCGACUCAAACGUGCUCCGAAAGGUGGCCAGCCUGACGCACGCCGCCGCCGGACAAAAGGCCAGUCGGCCGCGCUACCUGCCCGAAAAACUCGAGUUCAAACACUACGAAAAAUUCGAAGGUCAGAUGCUGGUGAACUGGUUCAUCUCGUCGUACGGCGACGACCAGGCCUCGCUGGGUGAACCGACCCUGCGCGCCAUGGCCGCCCAGUUUCUGACGCUGCUGCUGGCUGCCGGUGUGCUGCAUCAGAUUGAGGACAGCUCGGCGCCGCUAGAGCCAGUCUUCAGGCCAAACCUGAUGUACUACUGGGCGCACUCGGAACCAGCGGCUUCCCAGGCUUCCUCUCCCGGCCGGCUGCCGAAUGCUGUGUGGUCGCCCUUCAGCCCGACGGCCGCCGGUGCGCCGGGCCGGUCGGCCGCAGAGCAGGGUACUCCGCCUUCCCCGGUGAAGGCGGGCGCACAGCCCGUGGCCAAACCGGUGCGCCGUGUGGUGCCUGAAGUGUCCAGCACCGAGGCGCUGAAGCUGACGGAGCUGGAGAGCAAGCUGCGCCUGCUGGAGCAGCAGCUGGACAAGUACAAAACCAUGGUGGGACUGCAGGAGCUGACCAAAAACAUGAAGAACGACUACGGCCCCCGGCAGACGGCCGACGCCAAGAGUGGGUCAGGUAUUCCUCCCCCGCCCCCUCCUCCCGGAGCCGGAGUGCCCCCUCCCCCUCCCCCGCCGGCGCCGACGGCUGGAGGUCCGCCGCCGCUGCCGCCGCCGCCUCCGGGCGGAUGGAGCCAGACACCAGCUGCAACGCUGCGAAAGGUGCCCGUGAACCCCAAGGUGCCGAUGCGGCCGCUGUACUGGACGCGUAUCCAGAUGCCGGUGGUAGCGGCUCCGGUGGCCCCGCCCGUGGCCGAUUCCAACGGGACGGAGAACGACAGCCAGCCGACGCCAUCGCUCCUCUGGGACCAGCUGCAGGAGGAGCCCUUUGAGGAGGAAGAGUUCACUGACUUGUUCGCCAGACAGGUGGUCCAGAAGAAGCCGGCCAAAAAGAAGGAGGUCAAGAGUCCCAAGAAACAGGUAAAGCGUGCCAAACUGCUGGACAGCAAGCGAUCGCAGAACGUCGGCAUUCUGAUCUCGUCUCAGCACCUGGAGAUUGCGGACAUCGAGUCGGCGGUGCUCAAUUUGGACACCUCCGACCUCAGCUUGGACCAGCUCGAACAGCUCCUGGAAAUGAGGGCUACCGAUGAGGAGUUGAAGACCAUUCGGCACCACCUGCAAAAGAACCCGGACGUACCCCUGGACAAACCCGAACAGUUUUUAUACGAGCUGAGUCAGCUUCCGCACUUUGCUGAUCGGAUCACCUGCUUCACAUUCCAAUCGUCAUUCCACGAGGCGCUGAAUACGCUGGAGGUCAAACUGGAUAACCUGAAGAGUACAUGUAAGAUGUUGAUGUCUUCCAAGUCGGUGCAGCACGUGUUCGGGUUGAUCCUCGCGCUGGGAAACUACAUGAACGGCGGCAACAGGACACGAGGGCAGGCCGACGGCUUCGGUCUCGAUAUCAUCGGAAAACUCAAAGACGUCAAGAGCAAAGAUAGUUCCGUUACCUUGCUGCACUAUAUCGUCAAGAAAUAUAUCCAGAACCACGACCCGGAGUGCGCGCAGCUGCCGGUGCCCAGUCCGUGGGACGUGGAGCGGUGCCAGCAGAUCCGCUUUGACGAGGUAGCCACCGACCUCCGCCGGCUGGCAAAGGAGCUCCGCGACUGCCGACUCCGCACCGAAAAGGUGGCGGCGUCUUCCGAGGAGGCUCAUUUGCAGCCGUUCAAGGAUAACAUGGAGACCUUCCUGCGGGAGGCCGACCAACGACUAGAUGUUCAGCAGAAUAACCUAAAGGAGUGCGAAAACUGUUUUGCAGACGUCUGUGUCUUCUUCCAAUGCACACAUCGAAAGGACGGAAAGAAGAUGACGCCGAAGGACUUCUUCCUAAUAUGGUCGCCGUUCUGUGGUGAUUUCGCCGACAUAUGGAAGCGGGAACAGCUGAGCAUUGUGAAAGAAACUACGAAGAGAAUGAAGAAAAUUCAGGAAGACAAGAAAAAGGUUACGAGAAAGGCAAAGGAAGCGGGUGGCCUGAAAGCGAAACUGCGGCUAUGACGGACGCUGGACAGUAGUGGCUGCGUUACUCUGUUCCCCGGUCGGCCGUUGUCGCUGGUCUCAGCAACUGGCUAGCUGUGCCCGGAUCCCACCGGUGCUAUCAUGGUUAGUCCGCCGUCCCCGGCUGUCGUGGGGUCACGUUCGCCCCUCUGCGGUGGCACACUCUGUCCGCAUCAUUCCGUGCCAUCAGUGGUGGCAGCCGCCAGUCGAGUGGUGUCCCUUUGCUGGCUACCAGUGUGCUGUGAGGCCGACCCCGGCCAACGCUCGGCAGGAACGCAGGCUAUGCGCUAGCCUGGCAGCUAGUGGUGCGAAGGCAAGCUAGGAUAAGCGGCUGCCGACGAAAGGUUGGGCGGCAGCUCGGCCAAAAUUCCAUUGACGACAGGUAUCAUUGUAGUAUCGGCCAGUUGGUGGCAGCUUGUUUGCUGCGGUGGACGUAUUUGCGUUCGUAUUGACGCGAUUUAUUUGCAAUGCUACUCAUGUGUUACCUCUUUGGUUGGUUUCUUUAAGACUAGCCAAUAGUGAACUUUUUACGCUUUAUUGUCCAUGCAGCUGAUAUGACGGGCCGUAUUUUUGCUCCGUCAUAAACUUUGCGUCGUUAGAACGUUAAAGAAGUGGUUUAAGCUUAGCAGCGUGUAAGUACCUGUGAAAUCGCGAACGCAAAAACACAGGAAAUACCAUUCGUAGAAUGGUAACAUAUUUUGUAUAUCUUGUGCGUUUCUCGCUUUUGUCGCGUUUUUUACAUUGUUUUGUGCUUCAUGAGCACAGCUUAAAGCGAAGUGGUAGGGCAUCAGUUUUAAUUAUUUAUAGAAAAGUUGCUGAUAUAGAUCAUUGUUGCGAAACUGCGUAUUUGUACCCUAAUAAAGUGCUGUUUGAAUAAAUGUUUGUGUUAUG